AUCUCCAACUCACCAACACGUCUCUAGUCCCCUCGCCACCUCAACGACGCUUCUUCGUUGUCACUAGAUGACCAUAAGAUGCAUUCAUGGACACUCCGAUCAUCACAGCAAUUUCUUUAUUGUGAGUGUACGUGUGGUCUAAAUAAACAGAAAGACAAAGAAAAAGAGUAAGUGGAUAUUGUUAUCACUCACAAACGUAACUCUUAAUGCGGAAGUACAAUUUGGUUCAAGUUUAGGGUCUCAUUGCCGACCUGGAGAUAGCAAUACACCGGUUUCCGGGCGAGAACCAUGGACUCGAACUUAGAGGUGUGGAUUCUCAUCCCAGUCGCUUGCCACUUGGCUGCGAACCAAGCCAACGAGAACUGAAGACCACGGCCGGAUGAAGCCAGCAGUACCACAUCGCCCACAAAAAGCAAAGACGCAAUCCCAAACCGAAUCAGGGAGCAAAUCGCCCGAUUCAGGCGGUCCAAUAUCCCGUACACAAGUAGUACCCCACGCAGGAUUUUUCAAAGACAUGAUGGAAUGCCUUCUCCAAGUCCGCAGGCACAUGUAGAAUGUUCGGGCAAGAACCCUGACGAGUAUAGAGCUGGUCCACAGUUCUACGACAAGGACAACAACCACAAUACUCCUCCAUAAUCCAAGGUUCAACUACCCGCAGAUCCUUCUCUCCAGAACCCCCAAAUCGACCUUACCAGGUAGGUUGAAGAUUGUGAUCCCACUAUAGUUGGAACACCCCCUCUGAUCCCCCUCUUUGAAAAGGGAAACCACCACCCUGAUCUGCCGAUCUACAGGCCAUUGACAAGCGAACUUCACGAGUGUCCACCAGAGCUGUAUUGUAUUGUAUUGUAUUGUAUUGUAUGUACUUUAUUUAUCCCACAGCGGGGAAAUUUACUUGUUACAGCAGCAAGACAAGUAAAGAGAACAGUGUAAAGAAAGCAUAGUGUCUACAACAUGGUUCAGGUGGUGCAGGUGUUGUAGAGCCUGACAGCGGUCGGUAUGAAGGACCUGCGGAACCUCUCCUAGGCUGUGUAGCCUGUGAACUCAAUGUUUACCUCACCACCAAAAUAUUUCUCAAUAAGCUGUUGGCACAUUGGAGCAGGCCUCACAACCACCGUCCACCUGAGUUACAUAAUAAGAGUUCAGGCUAAAUGGGACAGAUGGCAGGCAGCGGGAAUGGCGUUGGCAUUGGCAAGGAUCUGGACACAAUUCCUGGAUGCUGAAAAAAAAAUCCUGUUCUUCCAUGGCCUGCAUAACCACUGCUAUCAUUACGUACCAAGCACAUUUAGAUUAUGUGGAUUGACAGGUUCUCUGCCUUCCCCUCUAAUAUGCCUUAAUUCUGUGUAUAAUAAAGGUGUUUAAGAUACAUCGAGCAUUUAAGCAUGGCCUUUUAUUGUGACCAAUCAAAGCAGACCUUGUAAUAAUCAUGGUGCAUUUACUUUCAACUUAUCUUGGCUACUCCCGAGAGAAGGAGGGCGCAUAUACUGUACACAUGAGAUCGAUAGCAGUGACAGAGAGGAGAUACAGUAGCUGAAGCAGAGCCAAUAAUGACCAAACCAAUCAUGAUAACAAAUAAAAUCUUAACAUUUGUCCAUUGAACUGUUUUGUAACUGUAUUUUCUGUAUGAUUCAGACAAUAAAAUACACAGAAAUGUCAUAUGCGGAGGCGCUGCAGUUUUCGCCUCAUCCUGAAGGGGUGGGGGCAUGCGUGAGCUGGAAGGUGCUUGUCACUGCCGUCCUUCCAUAGAGAGGAAAAGCCAGUUUUAAUUGUAUUUUUCUUUUUUGACAGCAGCAGCAGCGCCAUUUGGAGAGCAGCAAGUCAAAUGCUUUAAGGAUAUUUUUAUGCUCUGCUGAGGGCAUGAAUGAAUUUUACUGCCAAGAUGGAUGAUUGUAUAUCCAAGCUCACCAGGAGGUGAUCAGACCUUUACAACAAAGUAUCUGAACUUUCCCUGGAGAAAGAUAGGGUGCAUGUACUUCAGACACAAAUAAAAGCCGUGAUCAAAAGAGAAGCGGAGACUUAAGUUGAGAAAAACUAUUGAAUUCAAGAAAUGACUCAUGGCAAAAUACAAAGGUGGUGUCCGUCUGAUCGCGCUGCCACAUUGUGUCAUGUCUCAGUGGAAACUCCUGUAUGUUGCCCGCUGCCAAAGCGCUGCACCAAAGAAUUUCCUUUAUUUUCUGGAAAAUGUCUCUUAUUUUGAAAGCCCUCGGAGGAAAUCUAUGAUCCAGAGAUGUACAGACAAAUUCCAGAAUAUUAUAAUCCAUAUGUUCUGGAUGCAGAGAUGCAGGCAGAUCACUGGGACUAUCGCACUCACCCUCAUGUGCACGCGGUUGAGUUUGAAACCCUCCAAGAAACAAACUUCACAGAACUGCAGAGCGUGCAAUCGCUGCACCCGCCCGGCCUCAUCAGACAUGACGCCAUGCGCUACGAUGCCGAAAGCCUGCUGGAUCCAAAUCUUGGGGCGCAUUCGCAUAUGUUGCAGCAACCUGUAACAUUCUUCCCGCGGACCGUGUACCCAACACAUGUGUCCCAACGCAGCACUGACGAUGAAGAGCAUGGAGGUCAAAGCCCGCCCCUGGAGGUGUCUGAUGAGGAGUGUCUCAGAGAUCAAGUCCCUUAUGUCCCACCUGGAGAUCUGGGCAACAAAAAAAAGAUCCGUUUGUACCAGUUCCUGCUGGACCUUUUAAGGAACGGCGAUAUGAAGGACAGCAUCUGGUGGGUGGACCGAGACAAAGGAACCUUCCAGUUUUCGUCCAAACACAAGGAGGCUCUCGCCCAUCGCUGGGGAGUCCAGAAGGGCAAUCGCAAAAAAAUGACCUAUCAGAAGAUGGCACGGGCUUUGCGCAACUAUGGCAAAACUGGAGAGGUGAAAAAGAUCAAGAAGAAACUGACGUACCAGUUCAGUGAUGAGGUGCUUGGGAAGAGUCAUUUGGAAAGAAAGCCGUACAUGUAAACGCAAAGACUGGAUCACGCAGAAGAGCUGACUCGUGGUGUCACUGGUCGCUCAAAGUUAACAUUCCUUGUAAAUAGCAUUAAGAACGUCAUUCAAAGUGUACAGAGGGAAUAAACUGUUUGAUGAUGGUGUUAUAUCCAACAGUUAUUUUCCACAGCAUAGAAAUACAAUGUAAAGAUCAGUGUCUCUCAUCCAUCCAUUCAUUUUCUCUACUAUUUAUGCUGUUCAGGAAAACUGGAGUCUAGCCCAUCUGACUUUGGGUGAGACACUGUGUCUCAAAUGGAAAAUACUUCCUUCAGUACUCUUCACUAAGUGUACUUAGUUUGUGGGGGAGUGAAUUUUGCCAGCACAGUGUUGUCCCAAAUCCAUUACGGUCCUCUUCUUCUUUUUUGAUGAUUGAGAGAAUCGGGAGCGCUAGGCAUUGAGCUAACAGCCCGAGAUGUAAACUUGAUGUCCAAGUUGCGACUCUUAAGGCAUCAGGGAGUGAGGUUUAGCUACACACUUCCGCACAGCCGCACCGGUUAAUACUCGUUACACAAACUCACCAUUUGGGUGUGUUGAGUACUUGGCCGAGAUGUGGGAGUCAUGAAUGAAUCGUUCAAAAGUCACACUUUUUUUUUAUUACUGAAUCGUGACUCACGGCUCCAUCACGUGUACUCGACGGAGACUGGCAUUUCACUGACUCACGUGUACUCGACAAAGACUUGAGUUUCAAUGGCUCGCGGAUACUCGACAGAGACUCGAGUGUUCAAUGACUCAUGGGUACUCGAUGACAACUUGAGUUUCAAUGACUCACGGGUACUCAACGAAGACUUAAGGUUUCACUGACUCGACAAGCUCUCAAGUUUCUCUGACUCAUGGGUAUUUGACAAAGACUGGAGUUUCAGUGACUCACGAGUAUUGGACAAAGACUCGAGUUUCAGUGACUCAUGGGUAUUAAAAGAAGGCUCAUGUUUUAGUGACUUGACAAAGACUUGAGUUUCACUGACUCAUGGGUACUCCAGGAGGACUUGAGCUUCACUGGCUCAUGAGUACUCGACGAAGACUCGGGUUUCAUUGACUCACAGGUACUCCAUGAAGACUCAAGUUUACUGACUCACAGGUACUCAACGAAGUUUGGACUUUCACUAACUCAUAGGUACUUGAUGAAGACUCGAGUUUCACUGCCUCAUGGUUACUCCACAAAGACUUGAGUUUCAGUGGCUCAUGGGCACUCGAUGGGGACUCAAGUUUCACUGACUCAUGGGUACUCCACAAAGACUUGAGUUUCAGUGGCUCAUGGGCACUCGAUGGGGACUCAAGUUUCACUGACUCACGGGCUCUCGACGAGGACUCGAAAUUCACUAUCCGAUUCACUUCAAUGCGCAAAUUGGGACACGGCACUGGACUGUUAGCUAGUCCACUGACUUCAGUACGUUCUUGUGGAAAUAGACAAAUAAUAAUACAUUGAAUUUGUAAGUGCCUUUCUAAAAGCCCAAGUACACUGCACAUGACACAGAUAAAACAACAAAGGAUAAACACAACAUAAACAAGUCAGAUGAGUUUUGAGUCUUGAUAUGAAGAUGGGGAGUGAGUCAAUAUUUCGGUUGCCGGAUGGUAAUGAGUUCCAGACUCUGGGAGCAGAGCGGCUGAAAGAUCUGCUCCCCACGGUGCUGAGGCGGGCAGAGGGCACAAUGAGUGGAGUGGAGGAGGAGGAUCUGAGGGAGAGAGCAGGAGUGGCAAUGAGGAGGAGGUCAGUCAAGUACGGAGGGCUGAGGUUGUGUCUGGUUGUGUCAACUUUUAUCUCAAAAAAAGGGCCGAUCCAUUUCUAUCCUUUCCUCAUUUGAACUUGGUACUUUUUAAGUUGCUUAGGUGGUUGUUCAUUGUCAUAGUACCUUUGCAUGUAUAUAUUUGGAUGCCAUAUUUAAUGCUAUCAUGGCCAGCAGACAUACGUUUUUUGUUAAUUUCAUCUGUGAACAGAUGUUAGCACACAUAAUUAAAACUUUGUUAGGUUACAGUAAUCAUUUCUGUUUGAAAAAAAAAAGAAACUUAAUCAACUGUUUGUGUCUUGUCCUCCUGAACAGUUAAUUACAGCUAAGCUAAGACAAGCAUAAAAAACGAAGCACUAUGAUGUGGAAUCAACAAUUGAUGUACAGACUACUAUGUAUGUAAAUGACAUUAUGAUGUAUUGACCCUGAAUAAAAUGAAGUUCUCAAGUAAACAGUUGGGGGGAAAAAUCAAAAUAUAAAUAAAUGGAAAACAGUAUAUAGAGCUAAGGAACGCAUACAGCUGGAGCGUGGUGUAGCGAAGGAAUAAUUCGGCGUUCCCCAGCUGUCAGUAGUCAGCCUAAGUAGUGGCGUAGGCACUCAAGUUCAGGUGCGUUCAGCAGCUUCGCCUCCAGCCAGGAACAUAGGAUCUGGACAGGAACACAAAGGGCACAGGAGACAGGGGCAACAAAGAAGAGCCCAUGGAACGUGACAGUAUUUCCCCCCCUUACCAAAGGGCGCCACCUGGCGGCCUACCUGGCUUCUCCGGGAAGCGGCUGUAAAACUCUGACAGUAAUUGAGGGUCCAGAAUGAGGGCACAAGAGAUCCACGAGCAGUCCUCAGGACCGUAACCCUCCCAGUCGACCAAGUACUGAAAGCCUCUGCCCCUUCUUCUCACAUCCAAAAUGGCCUCGACCGUAAAUUCGGGAUGGCCGUCAAUGAGCCUGGGAGGAGGAGG